GUACAAUCAAAACUUUUCUCUUCUUUGUAUCGUUGCCAGAACUUCCAUAAAAUUUGCUUGGCCAUAUCAACAUGAACUUCCAGUUCUUUACUUAACCACUUGGCGCCAAACGGUUUGGAGUUUUCAAGAUACCAAUUAUUCAAAGAUCACUAUGAACGCAAAUUUCAUCAAUUAGAAGAGCGGGCGUUCUUAUGACAAACAAAGUUAAUUGCCGGAUGUGCAGGUUCCUCGUGGUGAUCCGUUUAUUCAUUGCAGAAUAAAUUUGAGUGAUUGCUAUAAUAUUUUGAUGAUAAUUGAAAAAAAAGAAGUAUGGUCUCGGUAAUGCAGCCAUUCAUGGAUGUUGAGAGUUCAAGAAGUUACAUCGAUGAACUGUACUCCCUGGAUCCUCAAAAAUGCUUAGAGGCUAUUAUAUGCCUUAAGAACUCUGUGAUUGGAAGUAACAGACAGAAAGGUUCGGUAAUAGCUCAAGGUGUAGUACCUCGUUUAUUACAACUUCUUGGUGAUUCCGCUGAUAGAAUUGGAGAUAAUAUAAGAUUGGAGGCUGCUGUGACCUUAGGUUCUCUAGCCAAAGGAACAGAUCAACAUGUACUGGCACUCAUAGACCUUGGUGUAGUGCCGUUGCUUUUUCAGGUUAUAUUAUCUACACCAGUGUCAGAGACACCCUUAGAAGGAAAACCAAAAGUAACAGAUUUGUUAAAUGAAGCGUGCUUGCGUUGUUUACGUACGGUAUUUCAACAUCCAGCAGCUCCGGUUCACUCCAUAUAUCAAGACCCUGCAUUGGUACCAAGAUUGGUAUCUUUAGCGAAUCAAUCUGUUACUUGUCAAAUUUGUGUAGCAACAAUUUUAACAACAGCAUGCAAGACAACAGAAGAUCAAAAUGCAUUAUCAAAAGGUGGCGCAGUGGAGACAUUAGCAAUGCAAUUGGAUUCGCCAUUACCUGAUGUACAGUUAUCAGCUUUGGCUUGUUUGGCUAAUAUGUGUUAUAAAAAUUACAGGGUAUGCGUUAUGGUCGCUUCGGCGACUACGAGUAACACGCCGCAAGGUAGACUCGUACCCGUAGCAUUAGGACAAUUAAUGGGUCGCGAGAAGAGCUCCUUAAUUCAACUUGAGGCUGCGAGAUGCGUCACAUAUAUGCAUAGAACCGGGGUUUUGUUGUACAAAGAUCCAAGAAUUAUAUACCGAGCCUUGCCCUGUUUAGUGAGACUCUGUCACAGAGAUCAUCCUCCUCGCGAAAGAGUGGCUGCAGCUGAAACUUUAGCUUUUCUUACCGAGGUUAAUACCGAAUUACAACGUCUAGCUUCCAUAAGUAAUCAUUUAAUUCCUACACUGGCAGAACUUCUACGACCUCAUCCGCAUGUAAGUAUCAUGGUACUUAUUAAUGUAUCUAUUUGUAUGUAUAUCGUUAUUAAUAUCUUCCAGGUACAAGAUGCAACGUUAACACAAGAUAUGCGACAAGCCGCGUUCAGAGCAUUUGCAUCUCUCGGUGCUAACGACGAGGAUAUUAGAAAACGUAUUAUCGAGACAGAGAGUCUUAUGGAACAAGUGGUAGCAGGUCUUCAGGAUCCUGGAGGUUCUCAUGUACGUUUAGCAGCAGUUAGGUGUUUACAUUCUCUUUCUAGAAGUGUUCAACAACUGAGAACAACUUUUCAAGAUCAUGCCGUUUGGAGACCAUUGAUGCAAUUGUUACACGGAGCUGAUAAAGGAUUAGAGGGUAGAGGCGAAAGCGAAGUUGAUUUAUUAACCGUUGCUUCAAGUACUUUAUGUAACUUAUUACUGGAAUUUAGUCCGAGCAAAGAACCGAUAUUGGAGUCUGGAGGAAUAGAAUUGCUGUGUUCGCUUACAAAACGGUGUACACCAGCGUUACGAUUAAAUGGAAUUUGGGCUUUAAUGAACGUGGCUUUUCAAGCCGAGCAACAAGUGAAAUUACAAAUUUUACAAUGCCUGGGAACCGAUCAAAUAUUUUGCCUUCUGGCGGAUCAGGACAUACCUGUUUUAAUGAAAACGUUAGGUUUAUUAAGAAACUUGCUCUCUACAAAAGCACAUAUAGAUCGUAUAAUGGGAGAACACGCAGCGCACGUUAUGCAAGCUGUCAUAUUAGUUUUAGAAGAUCCAAGACAUCCGGCAGAUGUUAAAGAGCAAGCUCUCUGUAUUUUAGCAAAUGUAGCUGAUGGUAUUCGAGCAAAAGAUCAUAUUAUGGCUAACGAAGACGUGCUUAAAAAGCUUAUGGAUUAUAUGAUGCAUAGUAACGUGAAGCUGCAGGUUGCAGCAGUCUUUUGUGUGUGCAAUCUAGUCAGGAGGGAAGAGCCUGGUGCUGCUCAACGGCAGGCACGUUUAAAAGAAUUGGGUUUUUAUCGUAUUCUACAACAAUUACGGCAAAGCAAGGAUCAUCAAUUAUAUGAAAAGGUCAGAACUGCCGUAAACGAAUUUUACGAUGCCUAAAUUUCAAACGUAUUAAUGAAUAAAGUGAAGUUUUGAUUGAAAAUUCUUUGAUGCGUGAAUUACAGUUAUAUUCAGGUGUUAACACUGUGAUCCUGUACUUUUUUAAUGCAUAAGCAUUUUAUAUUUAUACAGAAAAGAUAUAAAAGCAAUAUCUCUGGCGAUGUAACGUGCUUAUGUUGUAUUUAUUUAAUUUAAAAAGAGAAAUGCAGAAUAUGAUAUUUCAGUAUAUUGAAAAAAGCAGAUGCAUUGCUGUCAUUAGAAAGAUUUUCCAUUGGAUUAUUAGCUAAUGGGUCCAAUUCAGCAAAUAAGUCCAACCAUGAAUUACCCUUUUGCUUUCCACUUUUACUCGAUUUCUAAAACAAACAAAAAAAUCGAUGGAUAAUUACAAUGAAAAGAUCGUCAUCGCCUCCUGUUUCUUGGGCCAGUUUAGUCGAAGUUUCAGCAAGCUCUCUUACAACCAUGAAAUCGUAUCGUUGAUAGCCUUUAAAACUGCUCGCUAUCGUUGAAUAUGCUUGGGCAGAUUUUUUAGUAAAAUUCAGAAGCGUGCUUUGAUAUAAAACCAAGGCAUGACUGAACAUGUUACAUCUUGCUGCUGCUAAUAGAUCUACCUUUUGAAGACAAUCCAAAGCCAAGUUGUCAAAGACUAUCUUCCCCCUGAAUUAAUAUAAAUAUGUAAAUACAUGAAAUUAAGUAUCGAGUACUGUUAAUAAAAAAAUAUAUAUUCUACUUACUGUC